AUGUUCGACAUACUUCCCAAAUUCCAGGAUGCUGCACUCAUCACAAUCCUAUGUAUACUCCCACUCCUCAUCCUCAACCACAACCUACACCAACAAAAACAAAAACAACCACAAGGUUGCCGGAAAUUAAACCUCCCCCCAGAAAAAAGCAACCUCCACGACGAACACUCCCCCAAAUACGCCCAGGGCGUCCCAGAAACGCACCACGACCCCAACGGCAAGCCUUCAUGGCGCAUCAAAGCUCUAUUCACAUAUCCGAUCAAGAGCUGCGCUGGCGUCGAAUUGAAUGUAUCUGAUGUUGUGCCUACGGGUUUGAAGUAUGACAGACAAUUCUGUUUUGCGGAGUAUGUUGUGCCUAAGCAGCAGGAUGCUGAACCGUAUUGGACGGCGAGGACGCUUCGUGAUAAGCGGUUUGAGAGAAUGGCAUUGAUUAGGUCGGAGGUUUGGGUGCCUGAUUCUAGGGUUGGGAGUUAUGCGCCGGAUUUGGAUGAGGUGAAAUCUGAGGGUGUGAUGGUUAUCUCCUACCCGCGGACAUUCUCUGGUGCCAUGUCUUUCCUGGGGGAACUGGGAAUAGCAUUGGGCGUCAUAUCCAAAGAGCACUCCUUCCAAAUUCCCCUCUCACCACCCCCAGACAACCUCUCAUCGUACCCUAACACCCCCGUCAAAAUCUGGAAAGACUUCCCCAUGGCCUACAACUACGCCCACCACCUCCCCUCCUCUCUCUAUGACUACCUGGGCUUUGACUCGGGCUCACAACUAACCCUCUUCCGUGUAAAUCCCUCUCACCACCGCGAAAUCUUCCGCUGCGCACCCCCAAAGCAAACCCUAGGCUUCCAAACGGUCACCGGCUUCGCAGACGCUUACCCAAUCCACCUCCUUAGCCUGUCCAGCGUGCGAGAUGUAGGCUCGCGCUGUGCUGAUAUCCCGCGGCUGAGUAUUCGGCGGUUUCGCGCGAAUAUCAUCGUUCAAGGUCCGGGGGCUUUUGAGGAGGAUCACUGGAAGAGGAUUGGGAUUGGUGGUGCGGGUGGUGGUGUUGAGAUUCACACGGUCUGUCGCACGGUGAGGUGUCGGUUGCCGAAUGUUGAUCCGGAUACUGGGGUCAAGCAUCCUAGUGAGCCGGACCGGACGCUGAGGGGAUAUCGGAGGAUUGAUCCGGGGUGUUUGACGUAUGCUUGUUUGGGGAUGCAGCUUGUCCCGGCUGUGGAGAGGUUUAGGAUUUCGGUGGAUGAUCCAAUUUCCGUGCUAGAGACCGGGGAGCACUUUUAUAUUAAGAUGUUGGCGCCGGGGGAGAGGGUUCCCGGAGAAUAG